UCUGGUGUUAACUCCCGUCGCGAUAAGGACGAUAUGGGUGUCUUCCAACAAUGCUGGAACGCUGUAUGGAAAACUAGACAUUGCGGCGAAAAAGAUGACACGAAGGGACAAUAUUGAAAAUGAGUAUAAUAUGGUAUCGACAAUGAAAGCACUCCGUCACGUCCGCUUGGUGCAGCUCCUGGCUGUGUGUGUAGACUUUGAACCAAUGCUUCUCAUCAUGGAGUACAUGUCUAACGGAUCUCUGCACGACUUCCUCAGGGCAAAGGACCGUCCUAACCUGGAGUUUAACAUGGCGAAAAACAUGUGUGGGCAGAUUGCAGAAGGAAUGGCGUUCCUGGAAUCCAAAUCCUACAUCCAUGGCGACCUGCGGUCAGCCAACAUCUUAAUUGGAGAACACCACACUGUAAAGAUCGCAUAUGCAUGGCAAGGAAAGGAGGACACACAGGAGUGUGUGGAUGGAGAAAAUCGGUAUCCAACCAAAUGGAUGGCACCCGAGGCUGCAUUAUACAAUAAGCGAGGUAUCAAGUCCGACGUGUGGUCAUUUGGUGUCCUUAUGUACGAGAUUGCCUCUUCAGGGAUCAUACCUUACAGUCCAAUUGUGAAUCUACACAAGGUAUUUCGUGAGAUUGAAGAGGGGUAUCGCCUUCCUAAACCCGCAACCCACUGGCCUCCUGAACAGCUCGACCGCUACUAUGACAUCAUACAACAAUGCUGGAAACACGAUCCGUCGGACAGGCCUUCAUUUCGUCCAUGUACAAGAGCAACUGGUUGACUUGUAAAGAAAGAUUUAGUUUGUUUUUGUCCAAUUGAAAGGGAUGAAGAAACUGAAGUCACAUCCUUGAUUUUCUUGGCGGUAAAAUAUCAACAGAAUAUUUUAUGUGUUUGUUCGUUUAACCCUGCACCCAGAAUUAUCCCAGCUAUAUGACGUCGGCCUGUAAAAAAUCGAGUCUGGUUCUGACAGUCCAGUUAUCAUCGAUCUACGAUGACUUGCAUCAACCAAGUCAGCGAGUUUCUUAAUGACCCGUGAAGAUUCCUGGUUAGAAUAGGUCGUCAGCAACCCAUGCUUGCCGUAAAAGGCGACUAUGCUUGUC